AUGGCAUCCCAACCCGCAACCCCCCUCCUAGACAUCUACAUCGGCCUCGGCACGAUCCAACCACACGGACCCCAACAACAAGAACACUGGACGCUCAUCCUCUCCCCCCAGCCCAACAGCCCAUCCAACUGCCUAUUCUACCACGUCGACGGCGGUCCCACGCACUACAGACACGUCACCGAAACCGACAAAUCCCUGCACGACGCGCGCCUGUCCUCCAUCACAAAGAUCGGAACAGCCCCGUGCACAGUCGCUACACUCCAAGAAAUCCACCGCAAGACGCAGAGCAUCCGGGCGCAGCGCUGCCACAUCUACAUUGCACGGCUCAUAAGGUACCUGGAGCGGAAGGGCUGGGCUGGACCUGGUACUGCGCAGAGCCUUUGCGAUUAUCAUGGGCUAAGCGGGGAGUCUACCUUGGUUUCACGCGCGAGGGCUGGAGAGGAGGUUGGUGUGGAGAUGGAUGCGGAGAUUGAGAUGGAGAUUGAGGAUGCGCGGAGGGAGCUUGUGAGGACUGCGAGGGCUGUGAGGGCGGCGGGGCUUGAUUCGUUAAGCUACUGUACUUGUUUUUUCUAA